AUGGAGCGCUCUUCCACACAUGUUGCUCUCUUGCUGGCUCUCAUCGUAUGCUGUUCCAUGGCAUCCUCGGCCGCGGCAGCCCGAGCUUUUGUGGACGGAAACCGUGAAGGAGAACGUCCUCCCGCGCCUUGGGCCUCUGGCAGGAGGUCAGCGGAGUGUCCAGGAUGUGGAAGCACUUCGUCGCUGCCGGUGACAGCCAGACUUGCGCCACACCGAAAGAACCUGCAGGUUGCUGCGAACGUCGACUUCUACGCAUGA